GCGGGCCGUGCUCGGGGCUCCCCCGGCCGCGCGGAGGCGGGCUGAGGUGGCGGAAAGUUUGCGGAGUGGCUGGCGGCGGUGGCGGCGCUGCGGUCCACUCCUGCUUUCUUUACUUUUUUCUACACACCCGUCUCCCACCGCCUUCCCAGCUCAGCGGUCGCUCCGGGGCAUGAGCGGCAGCCGCCACCCGCGCUGAGAAGCAGGAGGUCGUGCCGCGCUCGGUUCUGUCAGUGGGGCGAACGCCAGGGACGGGAGCGCGGGCAGCGGCUCCGAGCCCGCCAUGCUCCGCCGGCCCCGCUCGGCGCUCCCCGUCCUCCCAGCGCUGCUCCUGCUGCCGCUGCUGCUGGGCGGCCGCCCCGCCGCCGCCCGCUGCCCCGCACCCUGCCGCUGUGCUGGGCACCUCGUCGCCUGCAGCCGCCUGAAGUUGAGCCGGCUUCCCGAGCGGCUGCCGCGGGGGGCGGUGCAGCUGGACUUAAGUCACAACAAAUUAUCUUCAAUCAAGACCGGUAUCUUGGAUCACCUUCAUAGUCUUCAGGAAGUGAAGUUGAACAACAAUGAACUGGAGACCAUUCCAGAUCUGGGACCAGUCUCAGCAAAUAUAACUCUUCUGUCUUUGACCAGUAACAAGAUUGCCAGCAUUUUGUCUGAACAUCUGAAGCCAUUUCAGAGUCUAGAAACUUUGGACUUGAGCAACAACAACAUAUCGGAGCUAAAAAUUUCAUCAUUUCCGUCAUUACAACUCAAGUAUCUGUAUAUUAACAGUAACCGAAUAACCUCUAUGGAGCCUGGUACCUUUGACAAUUUGUCUACCACACUUCAAGUAUUGAAACUGAACAGGAACAAAAUUUCAGCGAUUCCUCAAAAGAUGUUUAAACUGUCCCAUCUGCAGCACCUGGAGCUGAAUCGCAACAAAAUAAAAAAAAUAGAUGGACUCACUUUCCAAGGACUUCCUGCUUUGAAAUCAUUAAAACUGCAGAGAAAUGGGGUUACGAGGCUUAUGGAUGGUGCUUUCUGGGGUUUGACCAACAUGGAAGUCUUGCAGCUGGACCAUAACAACUUAACAGAGGUAACCAAAGGCUGGCUUUAUGGCUUACUGAUGCUGCAGCAACUCCAUCUCAGCCAAAAUGCCAUCAGCAGGAUCAGUCCUGAUGCCUGGGAAUUUUGCCAAAAGCUCAGUGAACUAGAUUUGACAUUCAAUCAAUUAGCAAGGUUAGAUGAUUCAAGCUUCAUUGGUUUAAGCGUGCUGGUUGGACUGUACAUUGGAAACAACAAAGUAAAUUACAUUGCUGAUUGUGCCUUCAAGGGACUUUCCAGUCUACAGAUUUUGGAUCUGAAAAACAAUGAAAUAUCAUGGACUAUUGAAGAUAUGAAUGGGGCUUUCUCUGGCCUAGAUAAACUUAAGAAGCUGAUACUCCAAGGAAACAGGAUUAGAUCCAUUACAAAGAAAGCAUUUUCUGGUUUGGAUGCACUUGAACACUUAGAUCUAAGUAACAAUGCAAUUAUGUCAGUUCAAGGAAAUGCAUUUUCACAAAUGAAGAAACUUAAAGAGUUGCGCUUCAACACAUCAAGUCUCUUGUGUGACUGUCAGUUGAAAUGGCUACCACAGUGGAUGUCAGAGAACAACUUCCAGAGCUUUGUAAAUGCCAGUUGUGCACAUCCUCAGCUGCUAAAAGGGAGAAGUAUUUUUGCUGUCAGCCUGGAUGGGUUUGUCUGUGAUGAUUUUCCUAAACCACAGAUCACUGUCCAGCCAGAAACCCAGUCAGCAAUUAAAGGCUCCAAUUUGAGUUUUGUGUGUUCAGCAGCCAGCAGCAGUGAUUCCCCAAUGACUUUUGCAUGGAAGAAAGACAACGAAUUACUGCAAGAUGCUGAAAUGGAGAAUUACGCACACCUCCGGGCCCAGGGUGGAGAAGUGAUGGAGUACACUACCAUCCUUCGACUGCGCAAUGUGGAAUUCAGUAAUGAAGGGAAAUACCAGUGUGUUAUUUCAAAUCAUUUCGGUUCAUCCUACUCUGUCAAAGCCAAACUUACAGUAAACAUGCUGCCUUCAUUUACAAAAAUCCCCAUGGACUUGACCAUUCGAGCUGGGGCAAUGGCACGUUUGGAGUGUGCUGCAGUUGGCCAUCCUAUUCCACAGAUUGCUUGGCAGAAAGACGGUGGAACCGAUUUUCCUGCAGCACGCAAGAGGCGCAUGCAUGUCAUGCCUGAAGAUGAUGUAUUCUUUAUUGUUGAUGUAAAGAUCGAAGACACAGGUGUUUACAGCUGUACAGCUCAAAACACUGCUGGAAGCAUUUCAGCUAAUGCAACAUUAACAGUACUAGAAACACCAUCAUUUUUGCGGCCUUUGCUGGAUCGAACUGUAACAAAAGGUGAAACUGCAGUCUUGCAGUGCAUUGCUGGUGGUAGCCCUCCACCCCGACUGAACUGGACUAAGGAUGACAGCCCUCUCAUGGUAACAGAAAGACACUUCUUUGCUGCAGGCAAUCAGUUACUAAUUAUUGUGGAUACCGAUGUAGAAGAUGCCGGGAAAUACACUUGUGAAAUGUCUAAUACACUUGGAACGGAGCGAGGCAACAUCCGACUUAAUGUAAUUCCUACUCCCACCUGUGACUCUCCGCAAAACGUUGCCCCAUCGCUUGAUGAUGAUGGAUGGGCCACAGUUGGCAUUGUGAUCAUAGCUGUGGUUUGCUGUGUGGUGGGCACUUCCUUGGUGUGGGUGGUCAUCAUCUACCACACCAGAAGGAGAAAUGAAGAUUGCAGCAUCACAAAUACAGAUGAAACAAAUUUGCCUGCUGACAUUCCAAGUUACCUGUCAUCCCAGGGGACACUUGCUGAAAGGCAGGAUGGAUAUGGCUCAUCUGAAAAUGGCAGUCACCAUCAGUUCCUCUCAUCUUCUGCAGGAGGGUAUUUCCUGCAGCAGAGGGACAGUAACGGCAUUUGCCAUCUAGAUAACAGCAGUGAGACAGACUUGGAGGGUGUUGCAGAUCCAUUCCUUUGCCACUAUCUGGGGACUUCAGGGACUUUGUAUUUAAAAGGCAGCGCUUACAGUUCUGACGCAUUUGAAGCAUACGGUACAAGUUGCAGCCCUGACCAGAGAACAGCAGGCUUGGGCCCUUAUGAGUCUGGAUAUUUAAAGAAAAAGGAAUGCUGUCAAUACUCACCUCCACAGGAAGAUCCCUUUGACCAGUGUGUUGGCAUUACUGGAACACAGGCUACAAGUAGCAGAUUGAUGAACUGUAUUUAUGCUCAAAAUGAAGGAACGGGACUGAAAAGCAGAAGUCUCAAUUCAGACACAUUUGAUUUAAACAGAAGUUUGGAACCCUCAUCUAUUAUGAGUAAAAGCACUUUCAUGGGAACAUUUGGAAAGCCUUUAUGGAGGCCUCAGCUGGACUCUCUUUCAAGCUGUAGAAAGCCAGCAAAUUGCCAACCAAAAACCUCCCAUAAUAAUCAUCAUGUCUCACUGGACUUUGAUGCAGAGGCAGAUGAAGAGGGAAAGGAAAGGACAGUUUCUAGAGGAGAAAACAGCUUUUAUACUUGCAAACAGUCCUUUGAAAACUUUAGGACUUCUACUUUCCAAUCCUGUGAUUUGGAUACGUAGCUCCUUUUGGACUUAAUGAUUUCUGGAACCAAAGAAAUUUGACAUACCACUACCUCAGUAUGGAACUUUAUUUAAAAAGGGAAUAAGGAGAAGAAGGGAAGAAAGAAACCACAUGAUGCUCUGAAAUCAGAAGAGAAAGAUUUUUUUUUUUCCAAUAAAGCAUAAUUUCCAAGAUGCUCUACAUUGGUUAUACAGGGAAAAAUCCUUAUAAAAAUACUAUAUUUGUAAUUAUUUUAUAACCUUUUUUAAUGCAAAUAAUAUGUUUUGUAAAUUAAUGGUGUAAAUAAUACAGUGUAUGUAUUUCUAUGUCAGACUUCAUUUUCUUUUUACAAAUGGAAACUACAUGCUGUUUGCAGGUACCAUGUAUCUUAUUUGCACAUUACUUUAAUAAAAUAUGCUGCCAUGUGGUCUCUGACCCACAUUAGUGUAUGAAGAAUGAAAAGUGUGAAUUAUAUUUGUAGACAGUGUUGCAAAUGUAGGUGCUUUCUGAUGCAUGUUUGCAACUUCAUUUGACUUAAACUUGUACCUUUAGAUUUACUUUGUAAAAUAUGUUCAUCUUCAGAGAGUGGGUGUGGUCCUGCCACAGCUACUGGUAAGGUGGGUUGCAGCUAUUUGAACUAAAGCAAGGCUGUAAACCCACCAGUUUGUGAAUUUCCCCUGUCAGAUGUACACACACAUGCUCUCAGUUUUCAUGCCUGUGAGGCUGUAGUACGGCAGUUUCCCUGUGCCUUUGUUAGUGUGCCUCCAUCUGGCAUAGGGAUAUUACACAGUAGAUGCACAAAUUCAUAUUGAGCUGUUUAGUCAAAGAAAAAAAGGCACUGGAUAUCUGCCUGGUAACCUAGCUUUUCUCUGAGUGGCUUAGUGUUAAGUGUUUGCCAAAUACGCAGUGCAUGCCUGAGUCUUUGCUUUCCCAUACCCUUUCUCCCUCUUUUUUGCUUCUGCAGCCACUGCCUGCUCAACAUGAGGAGGUAAUCCAAGAACACGAUAAUGGUUUUUUUUGGUUUAAUUCAUGCUUCUGUUCCUUGCUUGGCUGCCCUUCUCUGGUUACAGAUGAGAUCUGUGCUUUAUUUAAUUGCUCAGUCAAGUUGAGCAGUUGUAGACUCUUGCUGGAUUAUAUUUGUAGUAAUGAACCCAGUAUCUUUACCUGUCCAAGACGGAGAGGAUUGCAGAUUGCUUACUAUAAAACAGUAGUUAAACCUGAGUGAAAACAGUCUUUAUUUUGUGUUUCCAUGUACAGAUGCCUAUUGUUUAAAAAAGCUGUGAAUCGUGUUGUCAUCACUGCACUAAAACAGCAAGACUUCAAAAUGGUUAAUUCUACAGGACAUUGGCUUUUUAAAUGUGCCUGCUUUGAAGGUGCAAACUUACAUGGUUGCCAAAUAGCUUCUUUUAAACUAAAUUAAAAGCAGCUGUUAGAGUAGGCCAUCACAGACAUCAGGGCUAAAGUGGGAGCAAAGAUUUUGUUGCCUAGUGUAGCUGAACUAAGGGCUUUUAGUUGUCUGCAGCCAGAAACCUGGUACCCAGAUUGCAAUGCAAUUUCCCUUUAAUUUAGGCACCAGUAUUAGAGACAGGAAGUUAAUCCAUCCUUAGUCACUGGUGGUCUAAGCGUACAGAAUGGAUUUUGCGUGCUUUAGUUGAUCAUAUUGCCAGAUUUUUUGACUUAUUGUUAAUUUGUCUUCAUUGCUGCCAGAUGUGCUGAUGUGGUGAAAGACAUUGGUAUGGGUAUUUGAUUAUAAUUAAGUACAUUUGAAAGAGAUUAAUUUUUCCUCAGUCAAGCACAAACCUAUAGGUCAAUAGGGCAAGAAAUCUGACAUUUGAUUCACUCAAUAUCUCUCCUUUUUCUCUCCCAAACCCCACUCCCCAGUGGCCCUGUUUUUAGGGAGAGGAGAGCUGGGGCCUAUGAUAGCUCCUGUUUAUAACCAGACAUUGCUUUCUGACAUACUAAAAAAUACCCAAGUUAAAAGCAGCAACUCCAGAUUUAGUAUUUAUCCGUAAGAACUCCAUGUUAAAGGUCCAUCAUAAAAACAAGCUUUAAAUUCUGUAGUGGAUGAAGGUUGAGAACGCUGGCAAUGUCAUUCCUUUUUCAUCUCCUUUGCAAAGAUACUAAUCUUCCAAAGGCUUGGAUAUCUGUACCUAAAUAAAUGUUGAGGGUCAAUGGCUGAAUUUUAAGUGCUUUUUUAUCAUCUAUGUCUAGAUUGCUAAGUUGCAUUUAGCAAUCUAGACAUAGGAAUUAUUUAAAAUUUUAUUUGAUGCUUUAAAUGCCCAGAAAUGGAAAUGAAAGCUCCCAAGUAUUUUCUGCUAGCUUGAGUUUUUAUGUUUUAUACAUGGAUUGUGCUUAAAUAUACAGUGGGUAUCUGUAAAGUGCAAGAUAAACUGUAAAGUUUCAAUAUCUUAGUAGAUCUUUUCAAACCAAUGAUGUUACCAAACACCUGUUUUAAAGGCUUGGAAGUUUGCUUAUUUGGUUUUUUUUGUUGUUUUUUUUUUCUCCCCUCUAAGAUGCAGAUGUUAGUAAGCUGGUAGUUGGGUAUUUGCUCAGCUGAAAACUAAAUCGUAAGUUGAUGUGAUGGGGAAAUAAAUUGCAGCCAACCCUGAGUAAAGCUUACACUGCAUCUCAAGAGUUAGAAUGAGAAACAAGUGUUGUGUUGCUGUAUGACAAAACAGACAUUUUUUGGUUUUAUGACCAGGAGCAGCUGGAAUCUUGCCGUUGGCUCACUUAAAACUUGUAGAUUGUUCUUUAAGGGCAGUAGCCACUUAAUGCUUUACACAACAAAAUGUUUUGCCUGUUGAAUUCACACAAGCAGUUGCUGAGGUAUAGUUUCUGCAAGCCUUAAAUAGUUUAGAUAAAUAGAGUUAAUAAUUUACCACGGUUUCUCUGGCACAAGCAUUUCCUAAAUGAGUAACCUAAAUGGUGUCUGAGAUGACACUAGGGAUACUUGCAUACUGAAGGGUGUUACUGAAGAGUGUUACAACACAACCUUAUGGAGUACAGCUGUAAUUCAGCAGCAAAUGCUUUAAUCUAGAAUUCAUAAUUGAAGGGGAUCUUGAAAAAUGGCAAAGAGUUAGGUGCAAAGCUUUGUCCAACUGAGGGCUCAUUAGUGUGAGCAAACAUUUCUUAUUUCAGUCUCGGGGAGCUCUUCAACACUUAUUAUUAUAUUAUUAUUAUUAUUCCUUGAGCUGUUUCAAGGAAGCUUAAAACUAAGACUUAGCUUUGCACUGCAAACAUUUGUGUUCUGCCAGCCUUACAAAUUAGGACUAUAAUUGGCCAUUUUGUUUCUUGAAUAUAAACAUAAGGAGAAAUUCUGUUAGCUACCUGCAAGAUUUCUUGUUGGGGAUAUGACAUAUCUCAGAGAAUUAUACUUUCUCAGUGAAGUCUUGUUUUUUGCUGACUUCGUGUAUUGCUUUGUCAUAGAGAAUGUGUCUUGACUAGUUGGAUGUUAGUUUACAAGUCUUGUGAAAUUAUUUCAUUUAAAGAACAGAGAGGGGCAAUUCAGCCUGUUUAGCGAAGGGAAGAAAACAAACAUGUAGAACAAGAUGUAGUUUGUGUACGUACCAUUUUGCUUUGAUUAAGAACAUUCCAGGUGCCUUCUGUUUUUAUAUUUCAGGGAACUGUUACAGGAAGGAAUAAAAUCUACAGUGUCUUGACUCACUAAUGUGUGGCAAAUGGUGAUUUUCCUGUUUGUUGUGCUUAAUUAUUAAGGGGUCAGUUAUUCCACUGAAGUAAAUAUAUGCACACCUGAUCUCUUACCAAAAGGUACAGGUGGCCUCUCCUGUUUCCCAUGUUGCUGUUUUUCUCAUAGCUCAGUACUGCUCCCAUGUCCUCAGGGGACCCUCUUUGCUAACCUAUGCUCCUCAGUUUCCAGUUUCUCUGCUUGCCCUGGCACUGUGGUGACAGGCUGGAACAAAUGGACUCAGUUUAGAGAGCACAGUACAAUUGCAGGCAGUAAGCAGCCAGUUGUGUGCUGGAAGAGAGGAGGGGGAAGUGUUGGAGGGAGACAGGCUAGCCACAGCUUUAGGAAGAACUUGGUAUGAGUGUGCAGAAAAUGCAUAAUGCAGGAGACAGGGAUUAAAUAUUUAUAGGACAAUGUUAUAAGCAUAAUAAAGAGCAUUUUUGUACUUUGCAAGCUUUACAAUGCUUUUUGUAUAUUUAAUUCCACUCACCCUCUGUGCUUUCAAGUGCCAAAAGCAGCAGUAUACAACAGAGCACAUCAUCUGGAGAUUUACUUACCUCUUACUGCAUCUAAAAUCUUCUUUUCUGGUAGACCAGAAACAAGAUCCAUUUGUUUUUCUGUGUUUGGGUUCAAGAAUGAAUAUUGCUGGUGCAGUGCAUAGUUUCCCAGAGUCAUGUGGUCUGUGGGGUCCAGUGUGUCAGAAUGUGUGUGAUCACUCUGACUCAAGAAUGCCAUGGGACAGUGGGACCUGAGGGUGAAGUUGGUAGCAGUUCUAAAUUCAUUGUUUGUAAAACAAAUGUAGGCCUUGUUACUUCAGAAAAUUUUUUCCCACACAGCAGAGAUCAGAACCAUAAAUUACUCUAGAUCAGGGACUACUGAAUAGCACUUCUGCAUGAUCCCUGGACCUCAGCCAUCAGCAAGGGCACUGCUGUUAUUGCUAUUCAGUUUGGCUGUUGACCAUGGGCCGUUGACCAGCAAUUUCAGUGCAGGAGUUUGCAGUCUGAGUACCUGUAUGUACUCUCUUCUGAAAUUAAUGGUGGCCAGUUUUAGGGCACGCGAAUUUCAAAUAUGGCAUUGGAAAUUAAGAUUUAAUUUACUUGACAGAGGUAGUAAGAUCCUCUAGGUAUAAAACAGGCUUUGGGAUUUUCUAGGCCUCUGCUUUGAAAGGCUGGUAUGCAACAUUGUCCAAAGACACACUCAUUUGCCAUAGCAAAAUGGGACCUACUUACUUUCAGCACUUCCUUUGUAGUUGUGCAUGGACAAGCUAUGAUUUCUGAUUUGGGUCUGCUGCUGGAUUAUCAAAAUUCAAGUAUUGAUUAUAGAGACAUGUGGAAUAACAUGUUUUUGGACAGUGAGGCAUCAGAUUCUUUUAUCAAAAUGAUGCAAAGCCACAUCAGUUCCUAUCCAGUUAAAAAAGCGACCUUUGGUAGUAUUCCUGGUGUUCAGCUUACUUAUUUUAGAAAUCACUGAAAAAAUACUGUCAUGGAAGAAUAAACAUUGAUGUCCUUUGAUUGCUUGAAAAAUGUUUGCAAAAUGCUUGCAUUUUAUUUUGCUGUGACAUAGAGAAUUUGGGGCUCCAUUUAGCCUCUGUUCAUCAACAAAUGGUGGACUGCUUUCAUCCUGAUUUUCAUAGAUGUGCCAGCACAGACAUACCUAGUUCUGUGUUGGGCUGGCAUGCUACAUGUGAGGGGAGUAGUCAGAGCUACUAUAAGGCAGAGCUACAGAGAUACCAUAAAGGGAAUUCAGGGGAGGAGGGCAAUAGUUCCCCUCUAUGGAGGGGUUUUGAAUAGUUCGCUUGUUCCAAGGGAGUAACUUGUGCAGGUUUUAACACUUACUCCUCAUAAUUCUAUAAGCUUAUCAAGGAGUUAAACCUGCCACUUUAUUAGCCCUUGAAUGGGGAAGGUUUGCAUUUUCUGCAGGACAAAGUAGAAUGGAGUUUUUGGAACUGCUUUUCAAUCUCUUUGUGAUUCUAGACUCUUGGAAGUAAGCAGAAGGACUUAGUCCUUCCUUUGGCAUGAGGAGAUGUGCCUUACUACAUGCAGAAGAAUUUUGCAGUCUAUUGAAUAACCAGAGAGCUCACACAAAAAAUACUUGAUUCAGUGGUACCACAUAAUAAUUUUUAACACAUCUCCAAGUGAGUCUUUUGUUCUAUGUUUUUUAAUCGCUGUGGCUGACUGGCACAGCAAUGAAGAAGCUGCUGUUUGAGUAAGCAUAUGUAAUUAAGCCAACUCAUACCUGAAACUAGCCACUCUCCUGGCUUA